UCCUCCCUCCCCCACCCCGCCCUCUCCGGAAGGAAAGAGGCGGGGCUAAGGGGCAAUUAAGCACCGGCUUCUGCGCGUGUCGCCUGGUGUGAGGAGAGCGCGCGCCGCUGCCUCUCAGUCGCCCUCCUCUUGCCAUGCCGCCCCCGGGCCAGGUCCCGCUGCCGGACUGGGAUGCGCUGCGGCUCCGCGUCCGGACUCUGAUCGGCGCCCACCGGGUCGCGAUCUUCAGCAAGAGCUACUGCCCCUAUUGCAACAAGGUGAAAGAACUUUUUCAUUCUAUGGGAGUAGACUACUAUGCUUUGGAACUUGAUUUAACUGAUGAUGGACCCAGUAUUCAGCAAGUGUUGUUAGAAAUGACUAGCCAGAGGACUGUGCCCAAUGUGUUUGUGAAUGGAACACACAUAGGUGGAUAUGAUAAAACUUUUCAGGCUUACAAGAGUGGCUCACUGCAGAAUGUGCUAGGGAAUAGCAUAGAUGAUGCAGAAGUUUAUGAUUACGAUCUUAUUGUUGUUGGUGGUGGCUCUGGCGGACUUGCAUGUUCCAAGGAAGCUGCUGCCUUAGGAAAAAAGGUCAUGGUGCUAGACUAUGUUGUACCAACACCUUCGGGUACUUCAUGGGGACUCGGUGGCACUUGUGUAAAUGUAGGUUGUAUUCCUAAGAAACUCAUGCAUCAAGCUGCUCUUCUGGGACAGGCACUUCAAGAUUCAAGGAAAUUUGGCUGGGAGUAUGAUGAGCAAGUUAAACACAACUGGGAGACCAUGGUAGAAGCAAUUCAGAACUAUAUAGGCUCUUUAAAUUGGGGUUACAGGGUGUCCUUGAGAGAGAAGACUGUGACAUAUGUCAAUGCCUAUGCAGAAUUUAUCGAACCACACAAAAUAAAGGCAACCAACAGGAAAGGACAGGAAACCUUUCACACAGCACAGACAUUUGUCCUAGCAACAGGGGAAAGGCCCCGAUAUUUGGGUAUCCCUGGAGAUAAAGAAUACUGCAUUACUAGUGAUGACCUCUUCUCCCUGCCUUACUGCCCUGGCAAAACUCUAAUUGUGGGUGCCUCCUAUGUGGCUCUGGAGUGUGCAGGAUUUCUUGCUGGCAUUGGUUUGGAUGUCACCGUUAUGGUGCGCUCCAUCCUUCUUCGAGGCUUUGACCAAGAAAUGGCAGAGAGAGCAGGUGCCUACAUGGAAACUCACGGUGUUAAAUUCAUCAGGAAAUUUGUACCUACUCAGAUUGAAAGGUUGGAAGAAGGCAUGCCUGGAAGACUAAAAGUGGUAGCACAGUCUACUGAGGGACCAGAAAUUGUCGAAGGAGAAUAUAAUACUGUUUUGAUAGCUAUUGGUCGUGAUGCCUGUACCAGAAACAUUGGUUUAGAUAAGAUUGGUGUCAGAAUCAAUGAAAAGAAUGGGAAAAUACCUGUAACUGAUGAGGAACAAACCAAUGUGCCUCAUGUCUAUGCUAUUGGAGAUAUCUUGGAUGGAAAACUUGAACUUACCCCAGUUGCAAUUCAGGCAGGCAGACUUCUAGCUCGCAGGCUUUUUGGGGGUAGCUUUAUAAAGUGUGACUAUGUCAAUGUACCAACUACAGUGUUUACUCCUUUGGAGUAUGGAUGUUGUGGAUUACCUGAAGAGAGAGCCAUUGAAGGAUAUGGAAAGGAAAACAUAGAGGUGUAUCACACUUUGUUUUGGCCACUUGAAUGGACAGUACCCGGCAGAGAUAACAAUACUUGCUAUGCAAAGAUAAUCUGCAAUAAACAUGACAAUAACCGUGUGAUAGGAUUUCAUGUUCUUGGACCCAAUGCUGGAGAAAUUACCCAAGGUUUUGGUGCAGCAAUAAAAUGUGGUCUCACGAAAGAAUUACUUGAUGAAACAAUAGGUAUACAUCCAACAUGUGCAGAGGUGUUCACUACAAUGGAAAUUACAAAAUCUUCCGGAAAAGAGAUCACUCAGGCAGGCUGCUGAGGUUAAACCCUGCUGUUUUUAUCUGUUUCUUGUCAUGUACACUUAUCUCUUUGGAAGGCUUAAGAAGUGUGAAAUACACUUGAGUAAAAUAAAUGAAAGCAGCAGUAGCAUCAAAUCUAUUACAACUAGAAACAAUGCAUUUCUUAAGCUUCCUCAGUAGAUAAUGUUGGCAAUGGAAAGAAUACAACAGCAGGGAAAAUGCGAACUAUAAAUCCUGACUUGCUUGGAAGUGGCACGUAAGUGCUUCUUUGAAGUUUUGGCUCAGAACCCCAUUCUGAGGUGAGCUAUGACUGAUGACUUACCUUGCAAACUUAGGAAACCUCUUUAUCCAGUCAGAAAACUGAGCUUCCUUCUGAAGGAGCUUUUGAGUUGCAUAAUUAAUUUAAAGUUAACUCAUUAAGUUCCUGUGUGUGUGUGUGCGCGUUUGUUUGUUUUGUUUGGUAUGAAUGUUUUAGACAUAAGGAUGAAUGUGUAUAAUUGUAUUACUCUUGCCAGCAGCUCAUUUUACAAUUCAUGUUGGGUCACCUGUGUUUGCAGUGACUAACGUGGAUUUUAAUGCUGUUCUUGACUUAAUUUAAAAAAAUGGUCAUAAAUCAAAUACAGAUGCUAGGCAUUGCAGCUAAUGCACUUGCAUUUAAGCUCUAAAGACCUGGCCCAAGUACCAAAUUGGUUACAGGUGAGAAUUUUGUGAUCUUGUCUGUCUUAAUAAUUGCUUUGCCACCAUAACUAGUAAUAUCUUCCUGAGUCACAGAAUUGUAAUAGUAGGAAUCUUUUGGGUCAGAGCUGAAGUACAUUGAAAACGCUCCUAAAACUUGUUGAUAUUUGUCCUUGCAAUCCAUGAGCCUAAUCAGUGCUGACAGUGUCAAGUUUUGUUUCCACAUCAAUGUGUAAAAUACUACAUCAUGUAAAAGUAAUCUAACCUACAGUUCUGGACUAUAUAAUAAAAUUGGAGUCUAUAUUACUGUCUUCUCUCCCCAUGUUAUCUGUUCCAUUAAUACAUUAGCUAGAGAAAUGGCUACACCAUUAGGCACUAGAAUCCACUUUAUGGACUUUAAUGAACAACUUACUAUUUUAAAUUGUAUGUUGCAGCAGAGAACAAUGACUCAUGCUGUCAUACCCUGUGCAGUUCCUGUAUAGUCAGCAGCUUGAAACUGUUCCCCCUUGUUCUCGUGUUAUUUUGGGGAAGGUGUCCUUGAAUUUGGUGCUUCAGUUUUGUCCAAAGAGAUGUUUUGAAAGACUAUUUCAGUCUUAUAUAGUUUUUAACUAUUUAGUCUAUGUUGUAUCAUGACAUUUAAAAUUCAAUAAAUGAACAAUUGCAUAUAA